AUCAAAUUUUUAGUUUAAUUUUUAUUGUUUACAUUUGAAAUUUCCGCAUUUUUCGUCAUUGUGCUUUCCUAUAUCUGCCAUCAAUGUUAAACCCCUCAUGUCAUAAGCGACGUACCCUUCCUUUUAGAAUUCACUUCUCGAGAAACUCUACCACGUUCAAAAAAGAUGGUUCGAGUAAGCGUUCUGGCCGAUGCAUUGAAAUGCAUCAAUAAUGCCGAAAAACGAGGAAAACGUCAGGUUCUCAUCAGACCCAAUUCAAAGGUCGUCAUUAAAUUCCUUACAGUAAUGAUGCGUCAUGGAUACAUUGGUGAAUUUGAAGUUGUUGAUGAUCACCGAGCUGGAAAGGUUGUUGUAAACCUUACUGGUAGAUUAAACAAAGCUGGUAUCAUUAGCCCUCGUUUCGAUGUUCCAAUCUUAGAUAUUGAGAAAUGGACCAACACACUUUUGCCGUCCCGUCAGUUCGGCUAUGUUGUACUCACGACAAGUGGAGGAAUCAUGGAUCAUGAAGAAGCUCGACGAAAACAUUUGGGUGGAAAAAUUCUGGGAUAUUUCUUCUAAGUGUAAAUCUGCAUCCAGCAUAAGAAAUAUUCAAUAAAAGAUCAGUUGAAAAAAAUGAA